CAACCGUUUCUUAUUGCCAUCAAGGCUAAGCACCCUUAUUGCCAUAUUUGGGCCAACGACGUGGCCAUGGACAAUGUCGACGCGCUCGUCCAAAAGCUCUGUCGCGCGGUCAAGCCCGAGGCCGAGGCCGAUCGACCAUACUUGGUGCUCCACGAAGUCCAAGCCCUCGCAGCCAACAAUGGCCUCGCACCGCUCACGAGCGUAGACCUCAUGCACGUGGGCCUUCUUCUUGAAUGGAACUGGCGAUUCCAAGCGACGCCCGUGGACGGGCACUUCGAGAUCGCAGACCUCGUCGCGCUCGUACGUGCGAUGCUCGCCGACGAGCGCGCGCUCAAGCACCCGGUACCAUCGUACGUCGCGUACAUCAAGGAAGCGCGUAGCCUCUUGAGCAUGUGGCAAAUGGUCGGGACGUCGUCGAACGACGGUUUGGAGCGCGUCGUCUCCUGGGUCGUCGCCACAUUGCGCGCGUCAGCAACCCACGAGCAGUUGCACGUGGUGAACGGCAUCGAGUACGUUUCUGUCGCCUGUAUGGGCCCGAUCGAGCGCCUCUUCGAGUGGCAGUCCUUGGCCUGGAAGGACGCAUUGUACGCAGAAGGUAGAGCCCAAGGCCUUGUGCAUGUCGAGGACUAUAUUCCGCUGCCGCUCCUGCAGCUUUUUCUGCGGCAUUUUCUGCUUGCGUGGACGACACAGCUCGGUAAGUAUGGAAUCACCAAGAGUAGUUUAACACGGGCGUAAUCAAGAAACGAUGGGUAAUAAGACUCGGGUCGAGUCCAUGGCGC